AUGCCGCACAUCCAAUUCCUGCCCCCCGAGCCGGUCGUCCUCGUCAGCCGCGUGGCCGACGACCCCGACCCCGCCGGCCCCGGCCUGCACGUCGCCAAAGUCGCGGUCGGCGACUGCACCAUAGUCGACGCCCGUACGCCCUGCGCGCCGCUGCAGGGCCGCUUCGCCGUCUGGACCGUCGCGCUCCAGCUUCACUCCCCCGACACCCCGCGCUCGCUCACGCUGCGCAAGCGCUACAGCGACUUUGUGCGCUUCCGCGAGCGUCUGCUGCUGUGCCUGCCCCCGCCGCUGCGCAGGGCCGUCCCGCCGCUGCCCCCUCCAGUGCCAUGGUACGACGCCUGGCGCUACAGCGACGUCAACCUAGACCGUGCCUGGCUCGCGGCACGGCGCGCGGGUCUCGAGCGCUUCCUGCAGCAGGUCCUGCUGAACCGCGCCCUCGUGGCCGCUGCACCGGUGGUCGUCCGCGGCUUCCUCGAGCCGCCAGCUGCCCACCGCUGGGUGCCUGUCCGAGCCUAG